AUGACUAGUACCAAUCGCAUGCGAACUGUGUUCAUUGAGAACGGUCUCCCAAUCAUUGAAGACCAUAGUGAUGUUACGUUCCUCGAGUGGAUGAAUGUGGAAGUACGCGAAGAAAGCCAUCUGUCUGACCUGCAGCUCAUCGAUGCCAUCAUUGACCUUAUUCAAGCAGGUGAAACGACAGUGACCAUGACUCCUAAGCAAUGGUUGCACCAGGGAAUUGUGUCUUUUCCGCUUCUACAGAUCAACGAGAACCGCAAGACUCAAAUUUUGGUGACCAGCAAUCUUGCGAUGACUUAUAGAGAGGACAUCAUGUAUGGGCGUGUUUCUUUCGACCGUGGCUUUCUUUUCAAUGGGGGCUUUUAG